AUGAUGAAAAAGACUGGAGGAAUGCUGAAACUCUUACUUUCCUGCUACCGUAGUCUUCCCAAAGUCAUCCAAAUUGGCAAGCUCGAUUUCACUUUUACAUUUGUCAGUUUUGCCGCCCUAUCAGUGAUCCGUACUAUCUUCUUUCAACUUCUCACCGCCUACUAUGGCUGGCCAAUUCGAUCCAAAAUGACCACGGACGCUGCUGCGUCUUUGGCGUCCAUUGUGCAUUCGAUUGUCCUCUGCUGGUUGCUGACGGAAUGGUUCUGGAAACUAGGUUUUAGGGCCUACUUUCCCUCGGGGAAACUGAGUGAUCACAAUUCAGAUAUGAAAGAUUCCGCCGUAGCAUGUCUUCAAGUUUGUACUGGUUACAUGCUGUUUGAUGCACUUUGGCUAAUCGGAAACUCCUAUCAACUGAAUAUCCUACCCUUGACAGAAUUUGAAACACUUGUCUUGGCCCACCAUGUACUGACAAGUUUCUACAUGAUUUCUUGCCGCGUUAUUGGAGCUGGUCACAUUUCGGCCAUGAUUCUAAUGCUGACAGGGGAAAUUAGCAAUCCGCUCAUGAAUGGAAUGUUUGUGACGAGGUUUGCAAUCCAAUUGGAGUGCUGCAAGCAUUCGGAAUUCAUUGUCAUGCUACACUCUCUGCUGGAACCUUCUUUUGCAGUAGUCUACAUUAUAUUUCGAACUACCAUUGGCCCAGCUUGUGCGAUCCAUCUGGCUUGGGAUGUAUUGUGUACCAAACAGGGUCGGCAGAACAUCCCAUUGCUUCUCAGUGUGUUCUGGGUGAUCAUGGUGAUCGGUGUAUUGGUUGGCAGUGGACCGUUCAUCGGGGAGGCAAUCGAGAUGUUGCAAGAUGGCUGGAAAUUGAAAUAUACACCGGACUAUGACUAUGGCGACCGGUAUAGGAUACAUGGUGGGGAUGAACUUUAA